AUUGACCUCUUGCGAAUUAAUCCUGUUUUCGGAGAAACCCAUUCGAGUGUGACUGCAGAAGAAAUACCCGGCUGUCGGUGGAACGGGAACGGCCAUGAAGUUAUUUUGGUGGAUGGAAACUUGCCCAAAAAGCCAAAGGGGAUUCCCCUUGAUCAUAAGCAUUACUGUAGCCACUAUCGCCGGGUCAUAGACAACAAUCAUGGAGCUGACGUUUAUCCGUCAGCAGCUAGUGCCUCAACGCCAAGGUACCAGUCGACGCGUAGGUUGGAAUGAGCUACAUUGUGCUGCAAGAGACGGCCGAGUUGAGGAAGUGAAAAGAAUUCUUCACGAUGUUCUGUGUGGAGUAGAUGACAGAACACCGAUAAAUGAAACAGCUCUUCACAAGGCUGUCAGAGGUAAUUCAGCCGAGAUCUGCAAAAUACUACUCCUGCAAGGUGCUGACCCUAAUCUAAAAAAUGAUGGUGGACGAACACCAAUUUAUUUUGUACUAGGUUCAGAUGUUACUGAUGUCCUUCUCAAAGGCGGUGCCGACAUUAAUAUUACAGAUAAUGUAAGUAAAUUUUAGAGUUUUCAAAAUCAC